CGUCGGCGUCGCUCGCUCAGUGUUAAAGAGGCGUCGGUGGAAGACGCAGUGGUGAACGACGAACUCUUCGACAAGUGAGAAGAAACGAGCGCACGAGGGUGGUGCGGUUACAAAGGAGGGGGUGCGAAUCGAGAUUGGGGGUGGAACGACGAAAAGCGCACACCGACGCCCGAACGAUCCUACGAACGAACGAUCGACUGAGAUAUCAUUUAUUCUUCAUUACUUAUUUCCGCUUUCUCGAUCCCGCUGUUAACCCCUUUCCCCUUUCCCCGUUUCCCUUCCCUCGACUUCACGCACGCAUUAUCUCUCACUAUCUCACCGUAUCAUAUUUUCGACGACGAACAAACGAACACUGAACGAAUAACCGAUCCCUCGAGCUAUGGCAGCCACCGCCAUGGACCCAGUCGACAUUGCGAAUAUACUCGCGCAGGAAUUGCUUUAUCAGCAGCUGGUAUCUCUGGACGGGCUGCACAGCGGCGUGCCGACCAGGACGACGCCGACGCUGACGCCGACCACCCUCCGCAGCAUCGAGCAGACGUUCCUGGAGCUGACGAGCGAGUCGGCGUCACACAGUCGCGAGGCCGGCUUCGUGCCGCCGCUGGUCGAACCGUCGCAGCCGACCCCGGCACAGACGCAGAACACAACGGCGGUACAUCUCCCGGCACCGACGACCACCCUUAUCGAGACCCAGCAACAAACACAGCCGCAACAACAACAACAACAGCAGCAGCACCCGCAGCAGCCAGUUAGACGCAAUAUGGGUGGUAGGCGACCCACCAGAACGAUCGGGAUGACCCCCGAGGAGGAGGAGAGGCGACAAAUCCGACGCGAAAGGAACAAGAUGGCAGCGGCGAGAUGCCGCAAGCGAAGAAUGGAUCACACCAAUGCCCUACUCGAAGAAACCGAGGGCUUGGAACAGAAAAAACAGAGCUUGCAGGAGGAGAUCGAUCAGCUGAAGCAAGUCAAAGAGGAACUGGAAUUUAUUUUGGAAGCCCACAGAACGGUCUGUCGUCGUUCACUACGCCCCUCGUCCCCAUUAGAUAUAAAACCCGUGAUAAAGGCCGAUCUUGCGGUCGAGGAUCAAUUUGCCGCCGAAUCUGUGAAAGGCGAUACGACGGUGGCCGCGGCGAGACCGAAUAGACCUAAUUCAUUGCCGGUUGGAUUGGAUAACAAUAACAGACUGAAUUCCUUGACGAUGUUCGUGGAACCGAAAGAGAGACCAGACACCCUCGCUUUUAAGACGGUGGAGACUCCAUCUUUCAUGAAGCCGUCGAUGGAUGUGGCCGGUAUGCCGAUUACCACUCCGACCAGCGGCAUUCCGUUUAAUUUUGAGUCCCUAAUGGAAGGCGGUACCGGUCUCACGCCGGUCUCGACGCCCCUGAUACCGUCGUGCUCGACGCAACAGAGGAGCAAUCUGUCCGCCGUGGAUCUCAGCUCCCCGGAUGCGAAUCCCCCGAAGCUCGUAAGCUUGUGACGCCACGUUGAAAUGGUGCAGCACGGGUCCAACGAGGAGAAUGAUCCCGAAUGAGAGAACGGGGAGUACCAUGACGCGAAGGAUUUCUACAAGGGGAAGCAGAAGUAUUAUGCGCGUGCUCUUUACAACGAAAUUUUUUUAUCGCUCUUAAAAGCUCUUUUCCGCGAUUUUGCUUUUUAAUAGCUAGCACUUUUUUUUCAUACACAUCUCUUCAAAAUUUCAAUGUUUACUGCGAAUAUAUUUGACUCUCAGUAUUUCUCGUAGAUGACAAGGCCAAAUGAUGACAGACAAAUCUUGUCAAUCAGAAAUUUUUAAUUGCAAUUUUGUAUAUAUAAAUACAUAUAUAUGUGUGUGUGAAAUAAUCUUUUUUUGUUACAAAUUUAAAUCGUAGGAGGAGAGAUAUAUUUGAAAAGAAAAAGCGACAGCUGUUUUGCGCCUUAAAGGAAAUUGUCGCAGAUAUAAGCAAUAAUGUCUGCAUACAAGUGAUACAAGUAUAUUUAACGUUUAAAGUAACGAAUUAGGAGUAAUAAGUGUAAGAUUUGUCAUUUUGUAAGUUCAAUGAGACAAGUGGAAUUUUAUACUAUAAUUCUAUAUUGUGAAAAUAAAAUUUUAAAACGUAAGACAAAAACAAGAUUAGCUCAAACUUCUAAGUACGUUAAGGAGUCUUAAGAGCUCUUUGAAUUGCGUUUAAGAUUGAUUAGCAACAGUUCGCAUAAUUCAUAUGUAUAAUAUUACAUGGCGGAUAAAUAAAAUUACACGAACGUGAGAAUUCCUAAAUUGUUUCCAACAUUUGAACAUUAAAAAUAAAAUUUCGCGUUCGUGAAUAUCCGCAUUGGUAUAAAUUUUUAUAUGCGACUGUCGUUUUUCCAGUCUCACGCGACAUUAUAACAUUUAAUCCCUCCAUACAAUAUAAUAUAUACAUAUAUUUUACGACUUAUGACAUUUUUGCAUGAUCUUAAGCAAUAUUAAUAUAUUUAUACGCGACUGCUAGUUAUGAUGCAUGGAAGCCAUAAUGAUUUUCUGAUAGCCCGUUAGCAAUUUUUUUGCUUCGGUUUUUACCAAGCUCCUGAUUACCAAGAGCUUUCCGUAUCAUACUUGGUGGUCGCUAUUGAGAAUUGUAUAUGGAGAUUGUAACGCACCAAUGAUAAUGUUGCAAUAUAUUUUGAUUAGAUUGAGUCAAUAAAACGAAGUGAAAUUGUACUUUCAA